AUGCCAGCCCAGCGGCCAUCGCUGACGGGCGACGCAAUGACGUGGACGAGGAGGAAGGCGACCUUUUUCGCAGAUCUCGGCCAGGAUGUCGGCGCCGAAGCCAGCUUGGAGCACCUGCCGACCACCGGGCUGGAGAUGGACGUGGCCUGGGCUGCCAUGGCCCAUAGUCUUGUUCUAGCGUCUGCGGCCGAGGCGGGCCAGGCCAGGCCCGUCGCGCGGCGGAAGGCGUGCCUGACACAAACUCUAUUCGAGAAGGCCGUGGAGGAGGAGCUGGAGGAGUCGUUCAUGCAGGUCGAGGAGCCCCCCAGCGACCAGCUGGACAUCGAGGAGACCAGCUGGACAUCGAGGAUCACGAUGCCGAGUUCGAGGAGUUCGCAUGCGCAGAUAUGGACACCAGACGGGCCAGCCUCGGUGUCUUGGCAACGGCAGGAUGCGCGAGCGAGCAGUCGGAGUUGA